AUGGAGCAUGAGUGGCGAGAGAUCACACUUCGAAUGGCGGAAGAAAUGACCGACAACGGUGACAGGUUCCCUAGGGUGCAGCAGGUGAUCGCUGACCACGUCUCCCCCCAAGCGAUUGGCCUUGUCCGACAACAAUGCCGCCUCUUUCAGUCACACGAGCAGCAUGAGCAGCCUGUAGAGCAGGAAGCGCAGCGCUGUAUUGGGGGCUGGAGGCGUUCGAUGGGCCUGCCAUGCUGGCAUGAGCUGAAAGAGCUGGUCCGGGAAGGUGCAGUGCUCGAUGUUUCAGCGGUUCAUGAGCUUUGGAGGCUGUCCUCAGCUGAGGACAUCCCUUACUGCGCCGUCAAUGGGUAUUGUCCGGCGCCAGUGUGCUCCAACGGGGCUCUAGUCAGUGGAGAGCAGGUCUACAAUGGGCUACAAGCACCUACUGUAGUAAUUCGACAGCGUAUGCGUCUGAAUGGCUCCCAGAUCGAGAUUCCGCUAGGUGGCGAUAUCGACACCUCGGCAGUCUUCUUGCAGCGCGAUCCCCGCCUCGGCAGCCGCUCUAAUCGCAGAGAACCCACAGGCAGAGAGCUGAAUGACAUGGAAGAGCAGUACUCGCAGCAGCAGUCUCUGUAUGCCGAGUAA